AUGCUUGAAUUGAACGAGCGACAGACUGCCAAGUUCAUUAAACAAAAAAUAGAAGAAGUUCUGAGAGAAUUCAACAUCGCGCUCGAUCAGGUUUUUACGGUGACGUGCGAUAACGGUGCGAACAUGCUAGCGGCCGUCAGAGAACUUGACAAGUACGUACAAGUCAUAAGUGCUGAAAAACUGAUGUUAGACGAUGAGGAUGAUAAUUACGAAGAUAAUGAUGAGCUGUUAAAUGAUAUAAUCAAUGAGUUGUCAACUAAAGUCAGCCUUGUACGAUGCGCCGUGCAUACUUUGCAAUUGGCAGUGACGGACGUCGUCAAUCACACUGAUAACCAUAUCCGCAGAAUAACCACCGUGGCCAAAAAUUGCCGGAAAACAGCCUAUAAACCUUCUUUCGAUCUGAAAAAUAUUCCUCUCCCACCAUUGUUUUCCAAAACAAGAUGGGGAGGAAUUUACGAAAUGAUUUUAAAGUUUUACGAUAACGAGGAGUUUUACAGAGAUCUAGGGAAGCAGUUUAAGGAGCUAGAUCUGUCGGAGCAUUGGGAUUACAUUCAUGAUUAUAAAAACGCGUUGCAACCAGUUUAUGUUUCCACAAAAGAGAUGCAGGCAAAACACAUGUCUUUGGGAGAUUUCUACAUCAACUGGCUUCGUUGCAUGAUGGAAGUUAAGCAGCAGCCUAUGAAUGAAUUGGCCAAAUCUCUAGCAACAUCGUUGCAAACAAGACUACAGCAACUUCAACAAAAUUUGCCCUUUAAAGCUGCUUUGUUAGUCGAUCCCAGGUUUAAUUAUAUCUCAUCAUCUGUUCUAACUUUGGAGGAGAAGGAGGAAACAAGAGGCCAGAACGACUACGAUGACAGGAAUCAGCAAGCGCGACUGGGUUGA